GACAAGAUUGUGGAAGUCCUCUACGAGGGUGCUCCGUUGAUCAAGAGAGCACCCCGAUAUCCAGUGAUGGUCUUGGUGGCCAUCGAGAGGGUGGUCCUCGACGAUAGCGAGCCAACAGGCCUGCGUGUCUAUGCCUGGGCUAAGUUGGUCAAAGUUUGGGCGUCGCUAAGGUGGGAUGUGCAGGCCAUCCGUCCUGGAGAGCUAAAGCUAGUGGAGGGCCGAUUGGUCACCACGCUACGUCGGACCAAGACAUCUGGACCAAACAGGCGCAUCAAGGAGAUGCCGCUAUGCGUCAGUGAGGCUGCCUUCUUCGAGAAUCCAGCGUGGCUAAGGGUAGGCUUCGAGCUGCUACAAUGGUUGGCGACCUUUGGUCGAGACUACCUGCUACCUAAGCUGAAGCCGAACUUUGCGGUCUUCGAGAAGAAGAUGGCCGAGUACGCGGAUGUGGUGGCGGUCUCGGCCGCUAUCCUGCAAAGGGCGUGCGAUAGCUCAGCGCUUCUGGACGGAGCACUCUGA